CGUUUUCUUUUUUUCUUCUUUUUUUUUUUCUUUCAACAUACCAUGGUGAAAGGUCUUUCUUUUGAAGAGAAACGUAAACGCAUUGAACAAAUAUUUCAUGAUAGUGGUGAAUUCUAUCAGUUAAAAGACGUUGAAAAGAUGGGCCCUAAAAAGGGAGUAGUGGCUCAGUCUGUAAAAGAAGUCUUGAUGAGUCUAGUGGAUGAUGGUUUAGUUGUUACAGAUAAGAUUGGCACAUCCAAUUACUUUUGGUCUUAUCCAUCUGAAGCACUCAAAGCAAAAACAAACAGAUUAAAGGAUUUACAGCAGAAAGUAAAUAAGGAAAAUGAGCGCAAGACAAAACUAGAGAAGUCUAUUGAAGAAGCACAACAAGAUAGACAACCUUCAGAUAAAAGAGAACAGGUAUUAUCAGAACUAGAACAACUUGAACAAGAAGCAAAAGCCCUUUUAAAAGAAAUUCAACAGUACAAAGACAAUGACCCGACCCUUUAUGAAAAGAAAGAACAUGCUGCUCAAAUAGCUAAAGAAGCAGCCAAUCGAUGGACUGAAAGUGUAUGGGAAAUUCAGUCUUAUUGUGUAAACAAAUUUGGCAUGGAACGAGCUGUGUUUGAUCAAACCUUUGGCAUAAAAGAUGAUUUUGACACGCUUGAAUAAAAUAUUUUUUUUCUCUCUC